AUGGGCUGCCCUGUGAAGAGGGCUAAGAGCCAUUCAGCUGAAAGCUGUCAACCACUAACACUCCCUGCCUCUGGGAGGAUGAGCCCCUCAGUCCGGAAGAGGGAAUCUGGGCAGCACACCGCAGCAUCCACAUUAGAGAAGAAGGCGUGCUCACCCCAUGGCACCCUUAUUUUUGGCACCUCUGAGGCUGCCUCUCUUGCAGAAGCUACUCAUUUUAGAAGCCAUGAAACCCCCUUCUCAUCUUGUUUUCUUUGUGUUAAAAGCUCAUGGAAGAAUGCCUUGGCUCCUCCUGCAGAUGAUGUUUGUUUUGAAUUUAUUUCUUGUGUGUGUGUGUGUGUGUGUGCGCGCAUGUGCGCGCGCAUGCAACUUGCUCAUGCUUAA